GGGGGAGGAGGAAGAGGCGACGGCAGCUCUCCCCACCGGCUCUACGUGCGGAAGAGUUUGCCGCGCGAGCAGCCGGCCUCCUGCAGGAGCCGAGGGACCCGCGCGACGGCGGCCAGGGAGCAGCGGCCGCGUAGCUCGGAGGCCCGCAGCCGCGGUGGCGGCGGCGGCGGCGGCGGCAGCGAGAGCAGCGCCUCCCGCCGCCGCCCGGGAGGAGCUCGCCGCGCCCGCUCGCCGCCUCGGCUCCCAGCGGCGGCGGCGGCGGCGGCGGCGGGAGGCGCGUCUCCCCGGCCCAGUCCGCGCCCGGCCCCGCGGGGUCGCCCCGGCCAGCUCCGAGGAAAAACUGCGUAGAAAAUCUAAUGGAUGAAGAUGAGAAAGACAGGGCAAAGAGAGCUUCUCGAAACAAGUCUGAGAAGAAGCGUCGGGACCAGUUCAAUGUUCUCAUCAAAGAGCUUAGCUCCAUGCUCCCUGGCAACACGCGGAAAAUGGACAAAACCACCGUGCUGGAAAAGGUCAUUGGAUUUUUACAGAAACACAAUGAAGUCUCAGCGCAAACAGAAAUCUGUGAUAUUCAGCAAGACUGGAAGCCUUCAUUCCUCAGUAAUGAAGAAUUCACCCAGCUGAUGUUGGAGGCGUUAGACGGCUUCAUCAUCGCAGUGACCACGGAUGGCAGCAUCCUCUAUGUUUCAGACAGUAUCACGCCUCUCCUGGGGCAUUUACCGUCAGAUGUCAUGGAUCAGAAUUUGUUAAAUUUUCUUCCAGAACAAGAACAUUCAGAAGUUUAUAAAAUGCUCUCUUCCCAUAUGCUUGUGACAGAUUCCCCCUCCCCAGAAUACUUAAAAUCUGACAACGAUUUAGAGUUUUAUUGCCAUCUUCUCAGAGGCAGCUUGAACCCAAAGGAAUUUCCAACUUAUGAAUACAUAAAAUUUGUAGGAAAUUUUCGCUCUUACAACAAUGUGCCUAGCCCCUCUUGUAAUGGCUUUGACGGCACCCUUUCAAGGCCCUGCCGGGUGCCGCUGGGAAAGGAGGUCUGCUUCAUCGCCACAGUUCGUCUGGCAACACCACAGUUCUUAAAGGAAAUGUGCAUAGUUGACGAACCUUUAGAGGAAUUCACUUCAAGGCAUAGCUUGGAAUGGAAAUUUUUAUUUCUGGAUCACAGAGCCCCUCCGAUCAUAGGAUACCUGCCUUUUGAAGUUUUGGGGACCUCAGGCUAUGACUACUACCACAUUGACGAUCUGGAGCUCCUGGCCAGGUGCCAUCAGCACUUGAUGCAGUUUGGUAAAGGGAAGUCCUGUUGCUACCGGUUCCUCACCAAAGGCCAGCAGUGGAUUUGGCUGCAGACGCAUUACUACAUCACUUACCACCAGUGGAACUCCAAGCCCGAGUUCAUCGUGUGCACGCACUCGGUCGUCAGUUACGCGGAUGUCCGGGUAGAAAGGAGGCAGGAGCUGGCUUUGGAAGACCCGCCACCCGAGGCCAUCCACCCUUCAGCACUCAAGGACAAGGGCUCCAGCCUGGACCCUCAGCAGCACUUUAACGCACUUGACACAGGCACCUUGGGCCUUAACACCAGUCAUUCGCCAUCAGUGUCCUCCAGAAGCUCCCACAAAUCCUCGCACACGGCCAUGUCAGAACCCGCCUCUGCCCCAAGCAAGCUGAUGGCAGAGGCCAGCACCACGGCUUUGCCGAGACCAGCCACCCUGCCCCAAGAGCUCCCCGUGCCAGGGCUCAGCCAGGCAGCCACAAUGCCGGCUCCCCUGCCUGCCCCGUCAUCCUGUGACCUCACACAGCAGCUCCUGCCUCAGACCAUUUUGCAGAACCCACCUGCCCCCAUGACACAGUUCUCAGCACAGUUCAGCAUGUUCCAGACCAUCAAAGACCAGCUGGAGCAGCGGACACGGAUCCUGCAAGCUAACAUCCGGUGGCAGCAGGAGGAGCUCCACAAGAUCCAGGAGCAGCUCUGCCUGGUCCAGGACUCCAACAUCCAGAUGUUCCUGCAGCAGCCAGCUGUUUCCCUGAGCUUCAGCAGCGCAACACGGCCUGAGGCUCAGCAGCAACUCCAGCAGAGGUCAGCCCCAGCCUCCCAGCCCCAGCUUGUGGCCAGCCCUCAACUCCCAGGGCAGAUUGCCUCUGCCCAGGUGGCAAACCAGCACUUGCUCAGAGAAUCAAGUGUGAUAUCAACCCAGGGUCCACGGCCAAUGAGAAGCUCACAGAUGAUGCAGGGAAGUGGGCACUCAGUGAGCAGCUUGACGCCCCAGUUCAGCAGCACCACGGCUGUGCUCCCACCAGCUCUGAGCCUGACCACGCUUGCUUCCGCCUCCCAGGAUGGCAGCCAGUGCCAGCCCAGCCCAGACUUUGGUCAUGAUCGGCAGCUCAGGCUAUUGCUGAGCCAGCCCAUCCAGCCCAUGAUGCCUGGGUCCUGUGAUGCGAGGCAGCCCUCAGAGGUCAGCAGGACUGGACGGCAAGUCAAGUAUCCGCAGAGCCAGGCCGUGUUUCAAAAUGCAGACAUGCACACCACCAGCAGCAGCACCUCGCCCCCCGUCCUGCUGAUGGGACAGGCGGUGCCUCAGCCCAGCUUCCCCGCCGCCGCCUCCAGGCAGUCACCCCUGCAGCCCGCACAGGCCCCGCAGCAGGCACAGCACUUCCUGCAGGUACAGGCACCGACCUCUUUGCACAGUGAGCAGCAGGACUCCCUACUUCUCUCCACCUACUCGCAACCGCCAGGGACCCUGGGCUACCCACCCCCACCCCAGCCCCCACGCCCACCCCGAAGGGUCAGCAGCCUGUCUGAGUCCUCGGGCCUCCAGCAGCCGCCGCGGUAGUGCCCUGGCACCUCAGUCGGGUCACAAUCAGCUUUAACCAAUGGACGGACAAUGGGAGUGGCCACAGGAGUGGGGGAGAGGAGUUUUAAACCCUUGGCUUUCAUGCACACUGCAUACAUUUCAGAACUCCUGGAUGGUAACCUUCUCCGGAGCACAGCAGCUGGCAUGUGACACAUGAUCAGAGUACUGGCCAUGUUUCCCUUGCCUGUGUGUUUCUCGGGCACACUCUACAGCCAUACUCAGAUGGGAACCGAGUGCCCCCGCGUAAGUGUCGUUACUCAGUUGACUUAGCAGGUGGCACGGCUCGCUGCGUCCUCCUGAGAGAGCGCACUGGUCCCUCUAGCCGGCUGUGGUCUGUCCACGCUUGCUAGCUGGCCUUCACUCUCUUGACCCUCUUUUCUUUGCAUUCGAGAAGCACUGGGUCAGAGAUCUGUUGAAGAGAGAGAAUAAAGAGAUUAUUUUUCAUUAUUUUUAAAUGGUUGUUUUUGUUUUAAUUUGCACAGCUGCACAGAGGAGAUAACUUAGGCACUUUCAGGUUUUAAAAAUAAUAAGGUCUCAUGACUUCAUUUGGAGACCGCAGUAACAAAACCAGCCCACCAAUCAGAUGGCAGAGCUGGUCAUUCUUCACCAGGCUGCAGACCCACACCCUCUGGCCUAAAACCUAAUGGAAGGUUCUUCACCCCAUGCCCGUUCUGGUGAUUAUUGUUUCCCCUAAAUAUAACACUGGACUGUUCCUGUUUACUUGGUUGAUUGCAACUACAAAGGCCGACUCGAAGCAAAGCACAAUCAUGCAGCUGAUGUUCCGGAAUUCUGUCGGGAACUAUGAGACUUUGGAGGAAGAGGUUCCACAAGCCAGACAGGCCUGUGGAGCCCCAGGUCCCCGAGGAGACCCCACCAUGCACCGGCCCCUUGAGUCAGAAUGCUGCAUCUUUCUACAGAUCUUUCAUGAUAAGACCGAGGAUUGGAUUCUCCUUUUCAAAAUGCACUUUGCUUUUUUUGUAUGUUUUGUUAUGUUGAGAUGUUUCUAAAGAAAAAGGUUUUAUGUAAUUAAAAGAUGAAGUGUAGUGAACUGUACAGCUGUUGUAAUAAUGACCUAUUUCUAUAUAAAAUAAAAUUGUAUGGAUUAUGUGUAAAUUAUUUUGUAUCUGAGACGCCAGUUCCUUUCCCAAAUAUAAAAAUAUAAAAGUUUUCCUGUGUUUUUCUGUGAGUGGAAAUUUUGUAAUAAAUUAACGAAUUUGUACAAUU